GAAUAAUUAAUAAUUAUUAUUGAACAAUUAGAAAAUUAAUUUAAAAUUUUUCAGCAUAUUAUUGAAGAGUCAAUCAUGGAUCAAAAUAUAACUCCGGCAAAUAUGCUAGAAUCCACUGAUGACAACACUGAGGAACCUACCAAAUUAACUCUUGCCUAUGAAAAAUUGUAUGAGAUACCAAAAGCAGUAGUUACAAGAUUCUCCAAUCACAUCCAGUAUUUAGAUAUAAGCCACAAUAAAAUCACGAAUCUUGAUGCUCUGGUGCAUUUCAUACAUUUGACAUCACUCAUUGCUGAUGAUAAUCCAAUAACAGAAAACUGCUGCCUGCCACCAAUGCCUAAACUAGAAAUAUUAUGGCUGAACAGGUGCAAAAUAGCAUCAAUUUACCCAUGGGUGGGUAAACUCAGAGAGUCCUGUCCAAACUUAACUUACUUGUCGUUGAUGGGCAACCCAGCUGCUCCAAGUUAUUUCAAUGGGGGAACAUUCUAUGAGUAUCUACAAUACAGGCUUUUUGUCAUCUCACAUUUUCCAUCCCUUACACAUCUGGACGACAGAAGAGUGACAGAAGAUCAAAGGACCGAGUCGGAGAGGCUGUAUAAAAGACCUCUUCUGGAACGCAUCGUUAAUCCUAAAACAGGAAGCAUACCACAGUUGUUGAUAAAAUCUGUGACUUGGAGUUCUGUUCACAACAAACUGAGCACUAUAUUGGGUAAAGAAAGGAGGGAGCAAAGAAAUUUAUUCAUAUAGAAUGAAAAUGUGUCAUGUAAGUAAGAAAACUUAUUAAUAUGACUAUUGUUGAAUGGAUGUUCCUCAGUGCCGUAAAAAGAGCAGUACCCAGGCACAGGGCGUAGACUCUGGGGGGGAGCGCAAAAAU